GGACGGGUAUAUUAUGAGUGGGAUAAUAGAAUUUCCCCGGCUCCAGCUGGUUCCCAAUGCUUCGCCCACCAAACUGGCUGAGCUGGAUCCUAGUUGCUCUCUAGUUGCGAGCAAACAUCCACUUGAAUGGGAGGGUCCGGAAGCCAUUGCCAAUCAGGCAAUUGCACUCCCCCGGACCCUGGCUUGGAUGGCAUCGUUCUCAGCCUCGCCGGAACUCGCCCGUCAGCGUCGCAUCGAUUCUUUUUCGCCCCCAAUUCUUUGGACCCCAUCCUGCUUGGCCUUUAUUUACCUCUUCUCGCCCAGCAUUGAUGGCCCCAGACCCUCUCAUCAAUCCAACCUACUUCUACCUCUUCCCUCAUCGUCUUCCUCUCUCCUCUCCGAUCUAUACAACUCCAUAUACCCCCGUUCAAUCAACCAACUCAUACUCCCACACAAUGCGUCUCCAACUCGCUACUCUGGCCCUCCUGGCCUCUGCCACCUCCGUGGUUGCGGACGAUGUCGUCUCCCUUCUCUUCCCCAGCGAGGCUGCCGGCUUUGAUGCCAAGUUGGUUGGCACUGUACAUCCCCCUUCCCACCCAUACCCUGCCAAAUUUUUUUCUAGUCCACCACCUAACCCUGUGCAGACUGGCGGUGACCUCACCACCCUGAUUAUCAACUGCCCUGCCACGGCCUCAGCCACUGGCACCAUCACCAGCGCCGGCGCCGCGACCACCAGCGCCGCCGUCGCCAAGCGCGCGACCACCGCCUCCUCCGACGAUGACGACGACGACGACGACGAGUGCGAUAUCCCCGCUGCAGGCCGCACCCUCACCGCCGGUAGCAGCACCUGGGCCAUGACCUACAGUGGUACUGACCUGGACGAGCAAGCCUCCUGCACCUACUCCGGAACCACCUGGAUGUCCUGCGCACUCACCAUCAGCAUGGAUGGCCAGGUCUCCUCCGAUAGCGCCACCACCACCACUACCAUCCCGAAGGUGGCCAUCACCAUCACUUCUACCGUCUCAGCCACCGGCUCGGCCAGUGGCUCCGGCUCCGCCUCUGCUACAGGCACCGCCUCCGGAUCCACCGCCUCUGCCACCGGCAAGUCUUCCUCCUCUUCUACCUCAUCUGCUUCCGCCAGCGCCAGCACCAGCGACAGCGGUGCUAUGGCCUUUGCUACUGGCGCCUCGCAGCUGGUUGCCGGUGGUGCGGCCAUGAUGAUUGCUUUGGCCAUGGCUUAAGCCACCUCUCCUACGCCAUGCACGAGGACGAACGGUAUACCUGCGAGGAGAGAACGAUGGCCACAGUAGAUAUAGUACAACCAAAAGCAUAUACUGGUGUGACGGGGUAGAAAACGGAUGCCCCCUUCCAACUGUACUUUAAGAUUAUGAGCCGAGAUAUUCCCCUGUUUUCCUUUCUAUCAUUACCUAAUAUGGUUAUUACGAUUUGAUCCAGACAUGAAAUGAAACAUUAUCAUACAUAUCCCUGUCUCUUACUGAAUCGCGAAUGUAAUCAUCCCAAUUCGAG